CGCGAAAAAAACGGAGGAAGAGAGGUUCAGAUUCGUAAUUAGAAACCUUUCUGUUUCUCAGAAUAUUGAUUGCUGAAUGAAUUUCUUGAAUGUGAAAGGAAAUGUAUUCAAUUUGUUGUGGUUGUCGAGUAUUGGUGCCUGAAUGGAGGCACAGAAAUACUAGGGUUUUCUUGCUUUUUCUGCAUUCGAAGAGAAAGAUGAGCUUUGUUCCUCGGAAAAUUUCCUCUUCGAAGAAUGAAGACUCGGUUUCAUUGCCUAAACAAAGCCAGCUGGGUUAUGAUCCUUCAGAGGAGUUGUUUGGGAUAGAUUUAAAGCUGAGAAAUACUACUCAUGGGACACCCAAACCAAGGUCUUGGUUUGGUCCAAAUGCAUAUAUCAGAGAGCUUCCUUGCCCAAGUUGCAGGGGUAGAGGGUUAUUUACAAAAAAGUUAUUAUGGUCUAAGGGCCAUUCUCUUCAUUCUCCAUUCAGGGUGAAGGAGGAUGAUGAAGUGGACAAUUUAGAAAUAAAGCUGGAUGUGAAGAAAAAAACAAAGCGUGUAUACCAAUCACCAUCUCCUGAAGUUGGACAAAAGAUUAGCCGAUCACUAAAAAGUCUGAAUGCCAAAACAGGGCUUUUUAGUAAAAGAAUGAAGAUUAUCCAUCGCAACCCCACUCUUCAUGCACAACGAGUGGCUGCAAUUAAGAAAGCAAAAGGAACUGCUGCGGCUAGGAAGCGUGCCUCUGAAGCUUUAAUAGCUUUCUUCAGUGAUCCAGAAAACCGCCGCAAGCGGAGCAUAGCCAUGAAAGGUCCGUUUAAUUCUCUCUCUCUUUUUUUUUUUUUCUGCGUAAUGGAGAAGAAGCUCUUAUCAAUUAGAAGUUUAAUGCUGACAAUAAGGUUGGGCUCUGUUUAGUACAUGGAUUUUUUUUAGCUUUUAUUUCCUAAGUUUAGAUGUUUUGUAUAUAAAAACAUGUAUGGUAGUACAUGGAUUGUGAAGGGGUGGGCCGGAUUCGGGUGGGGCUGGGGCUGGCUACAGGCCCCAUGGGCGUGGGUUGUGGAAGAAUAUUAUGAAACAGUGGCCAAGUUUUCUUUCCUGCAUCAAAUGGCAAUUGGGUAAAGGGGACAAAAUCAGAUUUUGGCAAGAUAGGUGGGCUGGUGAGGAUAGAUUACAGAAUUUGUUUCCCAGAAUUUUUUAAAUUGCAUAUCCGAAAGGGUUGGCGGUGGCUGAUGCAUAUAGGCUUUGUAAUGGCUGCGUUGAUUGGACCAUUAGAGUCAAUAGACAUUUAAAUGACUGGGAAAUCAAGGAGUACGAAGAACUUUUGAUAAUAUUGGAGAAACAAUGCAUACAAGAGGUACCUGAUAAGAUUCUGUGGAGUCUUGAGAAAGGGAGUAAGUUUUCUCUUCAAUUAUACUAUAGCUUUUUGGUUGGGGGGAGGAGGAAGGAAGUCUGGAACUCCCUAUCAAGCAAAUCUGGAAAACUAAAUUGCCCUCUAGAAUGGCUUUUUUUGCAUGGGAGGCGUGUAGGGAAAAAAUACUCAUUUUCGACAACUUAAGGGCGAGGGGACAGG